AUGAACCUCUUGCGAGGUUUUUGGAACAGCCCCAUUGGUCCCAAAACAAGUCACUUUUGGGGCCCUGUCACCAACUGGGGCAUUCCUACUGCUGCCCUUUUAGACACAAAUAAACCACCAGAAACGAUAUCUGGCAACAUGACUGCCGCUAUGUGCGUUUAUUCUUUGUUAUACAUGAGGUUUGCAUGGAUGGUACAGCCACGCAACCUCCUCCUCCUCCUUGCAUGUCAUGCCUCGAAUGAAACUGUGCAGCUUUAUCAGCUCUCCCGUUGGAUGAAGGCUCAGGGGUAA